AUGGCUUGUAAAAAGGAACCUCAGUUUGCUUUCACCUAUAUAAAUAUAUUUUAUGAUUAUAUUGUUCCUUUAAUCAAGUCUCCUUUGGUUGCUAAAAUUGCUGUUAGAGGCUAUCUUUCUUAUAGAGAUGCUAUUUUUGAAGUGACUUCUGAUGAUCUUUGUAAGGUUUUUUUGUUAUUAGAAUAA